AUGCGCGCGGUCAUUCAGCGGGUCAAGCAGGCGUCUGUGACGGUUGAGGGACAAUGCAUAUCGCAGAUCGGACGCGGAAUCCUCUGCCUCGUUGGCAUCGGCGCGAACGACACUGAGUACGAGUCGCAGUGGCUCGCAGCGAAGCUCCUGGCGCUCAAGGUCUUCCCCGAGGACAAGGAGGGUGAGAGCUGGGGCUGGAAGAAGAGCGUCGUCGAGGCAGAUUAUGAGAUCCUGUGUGUCUCGCAGUUCACCCUCCAGGCAAACCUGCGAAAAGGCGCCAAGCCCGACUUUCACGGCGCAAAGGGCCCGGAUGUCGCAAAGCAGAUGUACGAGGACUUCCUGCAGGACCUCAAGACGAAGUACAAGGCCGAACGGAUCAAGGACGGUCAAUUCCAGGCGAUGAUGGACGUCCAACUCGUCAACGACGGCCCCGUCACCCUGAUCCUCGACUCGGCUACUGACGCGCCCGCCAAGCCGGCGCCGAAGCAGCCUGCGACGGCGGAACAGAAGCAGAAGGCGCAGGAAAAGUUGGCGGCACGAGCGGCGGCGCGAGAAGCGCGGAUAGCUGCGUCUGCCGGCGCGAGCAGUGCGGAGACGAGCGGGGCGGCGACGCCUGCGACGAAUGGCGCGGCCGAUGGGCAGGAUGAGAAGCGGUCGACGCCGGUGACGGGGAAGAGCGAGGAGACGCUCAUCAGCGAGGCGGAGCAGAAGAGUCGGGAUCUGGCAGAGCGGUUCAAGGUUGCGAUGACGGAGAGCUACCCCUAG